CAAAGAUCCAAGAAACAGGUUUCAUUGACUACUGAAGGAUUUUGGAAUCGUGGAUUCUGCUCACACAAAUGGGGAGCCUGGCCCUCUUCCUUCCUUCCUUGGCUUUUGUGCUGUUGAACACUCAGGAGACAGGCGCCUACGGCUUCAGGAACUGCAUCCAGACCAUGGGAGACCCAGGGAAUUUCAAGUGCAUGCAGCGCUUUCUGAAGUCUGUCUCCAGCGCUGUGGAUGACCUCCCCAGCAACACUACAGUGAUCAACGCCUCCCACAAUUCCAUUUGGUCCUUGCCUUAUGGGAGCUUUCGCCACCUCCCAGAGCUGCGGAUCCUGCAACUGAGCUACAACAAAAUGAAGAGCAUAGAAGAUGGUGCCUUUGAAAAUCUCACCGCCUUGGAAAUGCUCAACCUCUCCUGCAACCAUCUUGUAGGUGUGUCCAAAGAUGUGUUUCGUGGCUUGGCUGGCCUCACCCAUCUCCUCUUACACAAUAACCAGCUGAGAACGAUUCAUCCAGAGACAUUCAGUCCGUUACAGAACCUUUGGAAACUGCAGCUCCAGUUUAACUGUUUGGGGAGCUUCGGCGAAGUGGUGCUGGGAGUCCAGAAUCUGACGAAGCUGGAACAUCUCAAUCUGUGCAACAAUAACCUUGCCUCCCUGAAGUCAGAUUGGGGGCUUCCUGAUUGUCUCUCUACCCUCCUGCUUUGCAACAAUUCCUUGUGGAGGGUGGAUGUGAAGGGGCCCAAGUUCUUGCGAAACGUGAAAAAGUUGGACCUUUCCUACAACAAGAUCUCCAACACCUCUUCCUUUGCUACGGUCAGCCUCCGGAAUCUGAGCACUCUGAAGCUGAUGGGAAAUGAAAUAGACGUUUUCCACCUCUUCAAUAUUUCUGACCUACGGCCUCAUAGCUUGGACUACUCUGGACUGCGCUUACAGAACUUUCUGCAAUUGGAAAGGGUGUGCCAGCAGCUCAGGAAAUCAAACCUUUCCCUGAAUCUACAUUUGAAAAGCAAUGGUCUCAGGAACCUGAGCAACAAUGUCUUCUCCGAGUGUCCUCCUAUCCAGCUGCUGGAUCUCUCGAGGAAUCGCCUCAAGACGGUGGGAUGUGUAGGGGGACUGUUCAACUGGACAGCGUCUAACCAGCUGCAGACUUUGACUGUCGAGCACAACUUGUUAAAUAAACUAAGGUUUUGCUGCCAUGGCAACAAAAGCAAGUUGGAAGAACUAAGAACUAUCUCCUUCCGCUUCAAUCGCAUCCUCUCGGUCAGUCCAUACGCUUUCGACUAUGCACCAAAUCUGGACAGUCUCCAUCUCAACAUAAACAACAUUGCCUAUCUGGACAAAAGAGCCUUGAAAGGUCUGAACAAACUCAGGGAGUUGCGCUUAGACAACAACCUUUUAACUGAUCUCUACUACCUCAGCUUUAAUGACCUGACCGAGCUCCAGACACUCAACCUCCGGAACAACCAUAUUUCUGUCCUCUUCCCAAAAAUCUUCCACAGCCUUGGGAAGCUCCGUAUCUUGGACCUGGGCGGGAAUAAUAUCCGAAGAUUGACCAACAAGUCAUUAGAGGGAUUGUGGAAUCUCUCCAAUCUCUAUUUAGAUGGCAAUCGUAUUGAGCACAUUAACUCAAAUUAUUUCGUCCCUGUACAAAACACUCUUAAAGUGCUGGACUUGAAGAGCAAUAAGAUAACCUACAUCAGCAUGAAGCAGCACAACAAACCUCCUUUCUCGUUUCUGAGCAACAUCUACGAUCUUAAGCUUCAAGGCCAGCAACCUUAUGGUUUGAAAAUCAUCCCACCCAAGUUCUUCCAGGGCCUUACCUCUUUGCACAACCUCUACCUGUCAGAGAACAAGAUCCUCUCAAUUUCUCCAGAUGCCUUUGAUGACCUGGGACAGCUGAAGUAUCUCACCUUGGCUGACAGCAGUAAUGGCAUGGGGAACUUUCCUCCUGGUAUAUUCAAAAGUCUUAGAAACCUGACUAGCCUCAACUUGGAGAAUGCUGGCCUCCGCACAUUGACCAUGGAGGUCUUUGGCAACCUCAGUAGACUCCGCAAUCUUCAACUAGGGAAAAAUGAGCUGCAGAUAAUUAACAGCAGUGUGAUGGAAAAUCUGACCUCUCUGAGAUAUCUUGACCUUCGCAAGUGCCCACUGGCUUGCACCUGUGAUAACAUUUGGUUCCAGAAAUGGUUGAACAACAACCAGGUGCAGGUGGUUUAUCUGUACAAUUACACCUGCAAUUCUGGGCAGCAUUCGAGUUAUGUUUAUAGUUUUGAUACCCGUGUCUGCUUCCAGGAUGUGGGGAAGUACCUGUUCGCAAUUACCUUUCCUGUCCUAUUGCUUCACAUGCUACUGCCUUUACUCUACCAGCAUACCUACUGGCACUUAAAAUACUACUUUUACAUCUUGAGAGCUUGGGUCAACAAUCGUUGGAGACAGGAGGAGGGUAAGCAUUACAAAUUUGAUGCUUUUGUCUCCUACAACUCCACCGAUGAGAAUUGGGUACUGGAGCAGCUGGUACCCAGCCUAGAGGGCGGAGAGGCACCCGUCUUCCGACUGUGUCUUCACCACCGGGACUUUCAUCCAGGAAAGUACAUCAUAGACAAUAUAGUAGAUAGCAUCCACAACAGCCGACAUACCAUCUGCAUCAUCAGCCGUAACUACCUACAAAGUGAGUGGUGCUCUAUGGAGAUCCAGCUCGCUAGCUACAAGCUCUUUGAUGAACUGAAGGACGUCCUCAUCCCUGUUUUCCUGGAGGACAUUCCUAAGUGGGAACUUUCCAUCUACCACCGGAUGCGGAAGGUGAUGUUGAAAAAGACAUACAUCAGUUGGCCCUCCGACCCUGAGGCUCAAAAACUGUUCUGGGCUAAACUAAGAUUGGCUUUGAAGGGUAGCAACUCAGAUGAGGAGGAAGUAACACAUUGGUUUGAUAAAGAAGGGAAGCCAGUCUUGGAAUCCACUUCCAAGAUGGAAUAGGUUGAUUUGCUCCAAGACACUAGUGUUGAGAACUCAAUGUGGGAACGUUAAUUUUUUAAGACAAAACUGAUCUAUGUGUACUAAUCACAGGCUCAUCACGAGUGACAAAAAUGUGUAUGUUGUAGAGACCAGGAGGAAUACAAAGUCUCUGUGUGAUCUGUACAGAUGUACCACUGCACUCCCUUCGAGAUCCAUGUUAAUGAAGGAUGAGGGGCAGACUAGAUGUGACGGGUGUCCCCGGGUCUGACCUGCACACUCCGCCACUAAAAAAUGCUUUGAGGGCCCAGUCACUUUAAAACCCUUUUAAAAUGGCACCAUCCAGACCUCUGGAUGCUCUCAUGUCCACUUUGGGCCCGACUAUCAUAGAGGGAGGGCAGGAUUUGCCUGCCCUGCAACAAUGUUGUACAAAGACAGCGUUAUUCCUCCAUGCCAUAGGAAUGAAUGGAAGUCAUUAACUGAUGUGGUAGAAAGUGAAGGGGUGUUCUGGGACAUCACUGGAGUGUGGGCUAAUCUUGGUCCAUGACUUUGGUACCCCAGUGCUCCCAGCAAAAGGGAAUGGGACAGAAUUCUACCUGAUAAUGUAAUUAAAAAUUAUGUAGGAAAGCAUAUAUGAAACAUCAGUGCAGCCUAAUGAUGAAAUACUUUGAACCUGAAUGUUUAUAUAGAAC